AUGGCAGCCUCCACAAAAUCAUUCCAUGUUCGUUCCACUAGUUUUCCAUCAAACUCCCACCCAAGCUUGGCCGGAGUCCAAGAGUGCCUCAAUUUGGUUAAGGCUUGGGAAGCCUGCCCAUCAAGGAAGGCACAAUCAGCCGCUGGAAUUGGCCGCCUCAAAGACCUGUACACUUCCAUCAGUGCUUUCCUCCAACUCCCUCUCACUCAACAAGCUCUUUGUGGCAAAGAGUGCAUGGUGAGAGAGUUGAUGGAUGACUUCCUCUGCUUGAUGGAUGCCUGCGGGAUGGUGAAGGAGUCUCUGCAGCACAUCAGGGAGCAACACCAGUCUCUCCAUUCCAUUCUUCGUAGAUCGGAUUCUGGCCUGGAAACUGCAAUCAGUGCCUACCAGUGCAGCAGGAAGAGGAUGAAAAAGGACAUGGUCAAGUGCCAAAGGUUGUUGACAAGUGUGGAGAAACAUGUGUCUUCAUCUAAAGACAACAAUGACAUGGUUGAUCACGUCUUCAUUGAAGUGAGGGCUGUUACAGUCGCAACCAUUAGCCUUCUUAGUUCGAUCCUCUCUGGCUCUAAAACAACACAGUCCAUCUUCUCAAGAUUAUUGAGUUCCAAGAACCGUGGUGCUAGUGAAAUAGAGAAGGCAGAUGUGGCUAUAUUUAGACUCUAUGGCCGUUCGUCCAAUAGGGAGACGGAGUUACAGUUGGAGGACGUCAUUAGAUGUAUGAUCCAAGCCAAAGUCUCUCUCCUCAACAUUGUUACCGAGUGUUGA